UUUCUUAGUUUUAUGCGGUUGUACAACUUUCAGAUAAUGACAUGAUGUGUAUGCUUCUGAAUAUUUAGGCCAUUUUUGGGCCAAUCACCAUAAAUUUCCUUUUCAAUCAGCUUGUUUGAUGCACAAGCUUUUGUGUCUUCUAGCAUACUUGUUUGAUUUCAAAAGAAAUAUAAGAGGGGAGCCUAAUCUGGAUAACUAGUAAAUGAAUAGGUUUCUCUACCGAGUAGUCACUGAAGUAGGUAUUGACUAUUUGAUCCUUAGAAAAAGCCUUGCUGUGCUGGAGAGUUUAUCCUAAAGUGCUAUGCUAUUCAUGUGUCUCUUUGUAUAGCAAGUAUUUUUUGAGUGUAGAAGAAGGAUACAGGGGUCCCAAAAUUGAGUAAACUUCAGCUGAAUCCACGCCCGUAUGCCCAUAAAUAUGCUUGCAGACAGAUAGAGAUGGUUAUUCCACCACCAGUUAAGUGGCCACCUAGAGUCACAGAGUUUCUGAAACCUUAUAUCCUGAAGAUGCACUUCACAAACAAAUAUGUGAGUGCCCAAGUUAUGCACUCACCAACUGCCACAGUAGCAUGUUCUGCAAGCUCACAAGAGAAGGCCUUGAGGUCGAGCAUGGAGAAUACUCGAGAUGUAGCAGCUGCAGCCAAAAUUGGGAAAAUACUCGGGGAGCGCCUGCUGCUCAAUGACAUACCUGCUGUUUCUGUUUUCCUGAAAAGAGAACAGAGAUAUCAUGGAAAGUUGAAAGCUGUGAUUGAUUCUGUGAGAGAAGCUGGUGUCAAACUCCUAUAAAUUGUUGUUCCAAGGAUUUCUACCGAGUCCUGAACAGAUUACUUGCAGAGAUGAUUUUUUUUUUUUUCUUUUUCUUUUGAACUUGUUAAUGGCAAGAAAAAGAUUGUAUGUUAAUGGAUAUUUAAUUUGUUUAUGAUUUGGUUAGGCAAAUAAUCAUGUAGACUUAUCAUACACUAAACAAAGCAAGCUUGACCUUGUGCUUA